GUUCAACAUCUGAUGGUUGCAACAGCAGUACUAGUCGGCAAACUCCGCCCCACGUGGAAGAUAUCGACGCGCGCGCUGUUGAUGUUGCUGCAAACGGCAAACGCAUACGGCAGGGGCGGACAGGUGACAAAGAUUGCGGUCAAUCUGCUCGUCCGGAUAAAUUUCUCAGAACUUUCGCUGAACAAGCGCAGAAUCUUCGCCAGACUUUAGAAGUUGCCGAUCAGCAUAGUAGCGACGGGUCAUCUUCGUCAGGGACAACCUCCGCAGCAGGCCCGACUCUGCAAAUUCUGCGUGUCAGCGGGGCCGUCAAGAUGGAUAUCGGUUACGAAGAAUGGAAAGACUGGAGAGUCGGUCAGCUCCUCAGUGUCGUCGAAGAAAGCCAGCAACCCGCUCCGCUAUCCUAAGAAAAAACGUCUUCAACCUAUAGCUCACGAUGGAGAAUCAUCUUCUGCUACACAAAUCCACAAGUUUUGGCUGUCGCGCAUGACAAGUUUGGGCUCGUGUUUCGCUAGUGCUGUCACCGCAUCACAUGAACCCUACUACCUUUUUAUUCUGAUUCGAGCAUAACACAUCAUCCCAAAAAAGCAUAUAGAAGAUGCCUCUCAUGGGGCUGCGCAUGAGAAGCAUUUUAGGCGUGCAGAUUUGCAUCACAACUCCGGGGUCCUCUUCACAACUCAUGGCAAACGUUUUUACGUAGGAUAACCGCUCGAAAUCUUCGCCGCUCCGCUGCAACUUGUCACUGUUGGCGCAUCGCCACUCGCGCUGAGCAAUCGCAAUGGUGACGAAAAGGUGGCGACAAUACUGGCAGAGCGGUCCUCUCUGCAGAACCUGCAAAAUGUAGCCGGACAAGAAGUGAUGUCACUAUUCUCUGCUUAUCAAAUGCAAAUAUGUCUGGGAGGUCUGGAAGGAUGCAAGACUUGUCAUGCAUAUUUUCCAUGCCCCCUGGGGUUUGGAAUGCAGGACCUAGCAUGAGAAGUUCUGCGACGUCUCUAUCAUGGUGCGUCUCCUGCAUGACAAACUGCCUCUAACCUUGUUCAAAAGUGUACAGCUUUUGGUAGUCAUGCAACACAAAUUUUUGUACGAUCCAGACUUGGCAUGACAAGUUCGCGUCCUCCCAGACCCAGACAUAUUUGCAAUGCAUACUGCUACCCCCCGCACUCAGUCGGCCGUCGUGCCACUGACCUUGGUGGAGAGAGGGCAAAAGCUGCACUUCGCAACACUUCUGAACAUGCAUCACGCGGGGUUUGGCACCUACACUGCCGCCAACAGAAAGGAGGAAUGGAACGCGUUUUUUCAACAAGCGCAAACUGGAAAACUUGCCGACAUGACGGUCCCUGGCUUAGAACACCAGCUGCUCUCUAUUACAGUGAAAAAUGCACCCACCCCGAAAGUUGCAAUAAUUUCAAUUUGUGAUGCGACGUUUCCAAAUGAAAACUCUUUGUCUUGCAUGAAAGGACUAUGAAUCUUUCUGAUGCGGAGUCUAGUGCUAAGUAGUCGUAUACAGCAUCGCUUGCAUGACAAGCCCUGCUCUUGCUGGGAUCUUUUGCAAUACAGAUUUGCACUGUUCACGAUUGAAAAUUUGUGAUGCUGAUACAUGCAAGACUGCGACUAUUUCCAUUGGAGAGGUAGUUUGCGAUGCAAAUGCUCCCAAGUUCUGGGCUGGGGGCAUUUUUCAUUGUAAUGCCCUCUUUCAUCCGUGCUGCUUCUCUGCCCAACUCUGUCAGCCUGCCACGUUUAGAAGACCUUAUCGCGCCUGAGAGUGAGUGUCAGAAAACUUGCUUUCAGUGGAUGCUGGCAGGGAUCGAGAAAGCUCUGGCGACGGUUUCACCUGCAAGCGCUAGACCGGCGGGAGCAGAUGGUUUUUUCUAUGCAACAAGCAUUUAUGAUGAGAAUGACCGAGCCCCGGUUGUUCUUCCGUUAGUCGCAGAUAAACUUCGGUAUGUUGCUAUUGUGAGGCAAAAUCCCCCCUCCCCAUAUCGAAAAGGCACGUUUCCGAAAAUUUGUGUUGCUGAUUUGAGGUCACAAAUCACAUCUGUCUUGCAAGAAGACAAGGGCAAAAGCUUCGCCCCCAUUAUGGAGGCGAUUUGUCAUGCUGUUGGGCCUAAAGGGGGGCCGUUUGCCAUGCUGAACAACUAGACCGACACGCCCCUAGCUAGCCUGGGGAACUGGCUGCAAUGCCUUCCUGCAAUACAAAGCUGAUUUGUGUACACAAAUCCAGCAUCACAAAAUCCGUUUUGAUAUGGGGAGGGGGGAUUUUUCCUCUCAAUAGUUUCACUUCGUGUGAGUUUGGGGCAGCGAGGCGUGGACCACCCGAUCCAGGUGCUAUCGACCGUGUCAUGUAUACGUGUCUGGGAUGUGAGCUACAUUGCUUUGAGCGCGUUAUUCGACGAAGGGUUUACUAUUUAUUUUUGAAUUUGCAGAGUUUUCUAUGAGCAGAAUUUGCUUGUUUGUCCCGGCGACCCUAGUUCUGAUGAUGAAAAGGGCUAUAGCAUAAAGUCAUGGUCAGUAAGGCAUCGUAAUCGUUGAUGUUUCAGUAUAAGCGCUUCUAAUUUGUUUUGCAGCACGAGCGCCACGCCGGAAAAUAUAGUUUCUUGUUUGGGCACGCGCACGGGCACCUCUGUAUACAAGUCAACGCGACCACUGUCGCCUGGCACAAGGGCGCUUCUUGCGAUUUCAUCGCGUAUUUCGUAUGCAUAUCGAAUGCAAAUAUGUCUGGUUCUGGAGAUUUGUCGUGAUGCAAGAUGAGCAGACUCUGAUGCGCUGCCAAGCAUGACAAGUUUUUCCGUGGUUCUGAGUUGCGUACACCGGCGCAUGAGAAACUGCGUGUUUGCAUGACAGGCAAGAGGAGCUCUUUGCGGCCGCGCAAUACAAAUUCAGAGUCAUGCUAGACAUGCAUGACAAAUCUCUAUCUCGCAAUCUCCCAGACCCAGACAUAUUUGCAGUUGAUAAUGCAGCUUGGAUGACUCGUUCUAGGACCAGACACGUAUACACAUCCAUACACCAUCGUGCACGACUAUCUAACCGACCUUGACGACGAUGGGCUGUCCCUUAUGACGUGUGGAACCAAACACCUGGCCCUCGGUUUUUUUGCUAUAUUUGCUGUUUAUAAAAAUAGUUUGUCGUGUCCAAAUCAGGCACACCAAGCGACACUGGUCUGCUGGGAAACAGAUGCGCAGCUCUACUGGAUCUGUAUGAGGACGCAACUUGCUUUAAUGCGUUCUUGACAUAGCAGGUGGCCAGGGGCAGGGGCAGAACAACUUUUACUUUUUCGACGGCAUUUAUGCUAUCGUCCUCCUGGCAAAAAAUGUCGUUAUUGCAUUGUUGUACAUGCUUUUCAUGCAGACGACGCAACACACACCACGUCUCACCGACACUGAGGGUUUAUAUACAUUUGGGGCUUUAACAUCUUCGUGGGCGGGUGUUCAUUAUUUUCAACUUUACAUCAUCAAGCCUUGGCGAUGAAGAUCGUGCGGUGCUCAAAAAUGAUCGCACAGCCCGAACAGGUUGGCUCAGAUUCCGUGGCGAAAGUGGGCGGGAAUUUGAGCUCAAGUACGUGGCGCGGGGAAGUUUAUGGGGUCCGCUCGAGGACGACCCCGGUCCGGGUUGGCGUAACGUUGGUUUCGUGCUCUCUGGGCCAAGACCGGUUGCGCAACAGCGGCGGUGAAUGUCGCUGCAAUUUUUCUCCGGAACAUCAAACGGGUUACUUACGGUGCACGUACAUCAAACGGUUACUUAAGUGACAAAACAGCAUUACAAAUUGAUGAUAGAGAAAUGAGAUCAACUGUCAUUCAAGGCCACAAAUUUACACUUGCAAGUGCUACCACCUAGUCACUGUAUAUAUUUUUUUGUUUUUACACCGACCUGACCACUGUUUGAGCCAAUGUAGACCAUGAAAAGUGGUCUCAAAUCAGCUAUCAACCGUUAGUAGAAAUCUUCUGUACUACAAUUUUACGUUUCGAAACAGCAUGAAAAGAUCGAACUUUCAUAUUUGUGCCAAGGGAAAAUUCUAAAAAUACCAUCAUGAUCCUAUACAAAAAUUAAAAUUUAGAAGUGAAAAACCGAAGUAAAUACACAUCAGCUUUUCUCUUUUUUAGAAUAUAGCGGUGUGUAGCCACAGCUAUUGAUUCCGUGUGAAGAAUCAAGAAAAACGUCUUUUGAGUUUUUUCCUGGAGAGUUGAGUCUUGUGAGUUUUUUUGAAGAAUCAAGAAAAACGUGUUUAUGAGUUGUUUUCUGGCAAGAAAAAGUGAGGAAAGGAAGAAAGAAAUUGUGCCUUCUCAUGCUGAAAAUGCAACACAAACUGAAUUUUCCAACUCAGCUGAGCAGUCUUUUGGGAAUACAU